UUGUUGACGUGAUCGGUCGUAAAGUUAUCACAGCUUGGGGUCAUCGCUUAACGACUCCUUGCUACCCCAUCUACACAGAAACCUGUAGUACCAAUUUGAUUUUCAUACUGAACAGUUGCCUUGUUUCGUAUAAAUUUAAAUAUUUCUUUAAAAUGCCGGACGCGUUUGAAAGUGCCUAUCCGUUGACGCCUUCUGUUAAUCCUCAAGAUAUACGCGCACGCGCGAAUUCUUCCUCCAAAAACAAAAAGCCAGUGGUGACGUUUUAUGCGGGCGAUGAAGCCGUAGAAAUCCCCGACAAGUCAAUAGUUGGCGUUGACAAACCAUUGAAGAGUGACAAGAGCGAAAUAGAACUAGAUAGUUUUGCCGAAUCACUAACGACAAUGCACAGCACCUGGUUCGAUAAGAGGGUUCUGGAACACAGAAUAUUCGUAAACAGGUCGCUACAUUUAGAAAAUGUUAAAUUUUACGGAUUUGAUAUGGACUACACAUUGGCUGAAUAUAAAUCGCCACAAUACGAAACUUUAGGAUUCAAUUUAACCAAAGAAAGAUUAGUGUUUAUGGGAUAUCCUCGUGAAAUAUUAGAAUUUGAGUAUGAUCCUUCCUUUCCAGUGAGAGGGCUGUGGUUCGACACAUUAUACGGUAACUUAUUGAAAGUUGACGCUUAUGGUAACAUUUUAGUAUGCGUGCAUGGAUUUGAAUUUCUGAAACAUUCACAAGUAUACGAAUUGUAUCCGAAUAAAUUUUUGACAUUAGACGAGUCCAGAGUUUAUGUGCUGAAUACGUUGUUUAACCUGCCUGAAACUUAUUUAAUUGCGUGCCUGAUAGACUUCUUCACAAACUCGCCCCAAUACACGAGAGGAAAGACAGGUGUAAGAUGUGGCGAUUUAGCAAUGUCAUUCAAAUCAAUCUUCCAAGACGUAAGAAGCGCGGUGGACUACGUUCAUAUCCACGGAGACCUCAAACAAAAAACUAUAGAGAAUCUCGAUAUGUACCUGAAAAAGGAUGAGAGGCUGCCAAUGUUCCUCUCCAGGAUAACAGAGAGUGGAGCUAAACUGUUCAUAUUGACAAACAGUGACUAUAAUUUCACAGACAAAAUCAUGAACUACCUUUUCGAUUUCCCUCAUGGCGCAAAGACUGGCGAGCCCCAUAGAAACUGGAAGACUUAUUUCGACUGGAUUGUCGUAGACGCCAAGAAGCCACUGUUCUUCGGCGAGGGGACCACACUGAGACAAGUGGACACUCGCACUGGGGCACUCAAAAUGGGCCACCAUGUCGGACCGUUACACGAAGGACUUAUCUACUCGGGAGGGUCCUGUGACGUCUUCACAGAGCUGAUUGGUGCCAAAGGCAAAGAUGUGCUAUAUAUAGGAGAUCACAUAUUCGGUGACAUUCUCAAGUCGAAAAAAAUCGGAGGAUGGAGGACGUUCCUCAUUGUACCAGAGUUGGUGCAAGAGUUGCACGUCUGGACAGACAAGUGUCAACUGUUUGCACAAUUGCAAAACCUUGAUAUACAACUCGGGGAUAUGUACAAAGACCUAGACUCUAGUACCAAGGAGAAGCCAGACAUCACCAAACUGCGCAUGUCGAUCCGUGACGUCACCCACAAGAUGGAUCUCGCUUACGGCAUGCUCGGCUCUCUGUUCCGAUCCGGCUCUAGGCAGACUUUCUUCUCUUCCCAGGUGGUGAGGUACGCGGACCUGUACGCGGCAUCGUUCCUGAACCUGAUGUACUACCCGUUCUGCUACAUGUUCCGAGCGCCCGCCAUGCUUAUGCCGCACGAGUCCACGGUCGCGCACGAGCAACGCUUCACCGUUCACACGCCGACCAUAGAUCGUUCUCGUCAUCCGAGUGCGCAGCGGGCUGUAAGUGUGAUUUCCAUAUCAGAGGACACACUGGAAGUAGACGAUACCAACAACGUUGUCGACGGCACCGAUGGAAAGACGUCAGUACCACACGCACGGCCAGAAACGCCGCGUCAACUCACACACACGCACGACGAAGACUGUUCCGAUGACGAGGAUGUCGCCAAAAUGGCGCAAACUAAAUAAAUUAACCACCAACAUAAUUAUCUGUAUCGAUUUGAUGAUUUGAGAGUUUUUUUUCUAAGUUGCUUAAAAAGAUCUGAAGCGAAACCAAUGGGUGUACUAAACGUACGCACGAGCGUUUUUUUUUAUCGAGCAGCUAUUUAUUUUAGGCUCUGUUUGUUUAAUGUCAAUUAUAUUGCGAACGAUAAACGAGCAAACAUUGUGAUUGAACGCGCGUAGAAAAAGCGCUCGUGUGAACGGGGGUUUAUUCCGAUAUAAUAAUAUGACAAGAUUUGCUACUCCCGGGGGUCACCGUGGAACAAAUGAUCAAUAAUAUUGAAAUAUAAUCAAUUCUACUUAUGGCGAUAAUCGAUAUUAAUUAUUCGUAAAAACGAAUACUUAGUUUUUUUUAAUAAGCGGUACUGUUUGCGAAUUUGUGAUUCAAUUUUCUAUUCAGUAUGAAUAAUUAUAUAUAACAUUUUGGUUUUGGUAUUUAUCUUUUAAUUGAUGUUAUUUAUUACUGUGUCUUUAAACCCGAGAAAACAGCCCAAAAGUUAUGAAGCUUGGGUCUUCCGAAUUUAGUUUUUUUUCGUGUGGAUUAAAUUCUGUGAUUUGCGUAGGUAAUCAUGCGAAAAGUGUUAAAGCAUUCAGGUUAUCACUAUAAUUAUAUGUAAGCUCAUACGUCAAUGAGACUGUUUUCCGUGCUCUUUGUAAGUAGAUAGGACACGUUAUAAGUAUUUGCUUGGUUGUGUUUGAAUAGUAUGACACUUAUUAAUACACCAAUCAGGGUAGUAACUUUAACGUGUAGUGAUUGCGUUAUGUUUAUAUACCUCCACUUGUUUUGUCACUUUGGGUGCACAAUUUUCGAAUAUCACUAUAAUACUUAUUACUUUGAAAUUAUCUCAUUAUUUUAAAAAGUUUUGAAUAUAAGUUGAUUUUUAUUAUACUUGUUGUAUAUGUCUAAAAUGUUAUUGUGAUGUAAUAAAGAGAUAGAAAAUUAAUUGAAAAUAAGUAAGUCUGACAAAGUUAAAUAGAUUAUUUGAUUGCGAAAUCUAGUAAACUGAAUGAAAAUAAGAGUCUCCAAGAGCUAAUCAUAAUUGAAGUGAGAAAAUAAAACGUUGAGUGAAGAAAUUAAUAGCAUUUUUAGUUUCUUUUUAACUGAAAUGAUUAUGUAGCUUAAAGAUUAUGUAUAUAAUAUUACUUAAAUGAUAUAAGUAUGCUACUUAAUAUAAUUUGUUUUGUUGUAACAUUGAAAAUUUUAUUUUACAAAUCAGUCAUAUUAGUUCUAACAUGGAGUUUUCAUUUGUGCUGUUAUUCUGAAACUUAUCUUUCAUUUAUUUAUAAUUUAAGAAAAUUAAAAUCGAUCUGGCGCUCGUUUAUAUUAAUGCAUUAUUAUUUUAUCUGACAUGAAAAUGUGACUAUUGUUUUUAUUUGAUCUAGUCUCUAUCACAGUGAAAACUCAAUGAAUUAGUCAUAACUUUAAAAAAAUAUUAGAGUAUAUAUAGAAUGUUGAUUAUACACUUAUAUUGUGUUUUGUAAACUAUUUUGAUUUUCGGUACAUAUAGGUACAAAAUUAUUUACCAAGUAAAUAUUGUGAUUUUUUGGAAUCUGCAGUUAUGCUAUUUUUUAUCUGAUUGAUUACACACGAAUAUUAGUUAUUAUGUAUAUUAUUUAAAUAAAAAAUUUUAA